GGACAUCUUAUCUGAAUCCAUUAUACUUUAAAAACCCUACCUGAUCAGGUCUAUAAAUAGUCCUUCUCUUAAUGGGGCUAAAUGUAUAACUUAUUACUUUCCACGAGUUUCAUCUUUUCCUUUGAGAAUACAUUCAGAUCAAACAUGGCAGGCAAUGGCGUACAGGUUGGACCGUGGGGAGGUAAGGGUGGAGUUAAUCCCUGGACAUUCAUCCCUGAGGGCAGGAUUUGCGAGAUCCGUAUCAGUGCCUCAGGGUGUGUAGAUUCAAUCAGGUUCACUUACAAGGAUCGUGAUAAUGUCAAACACCAUUCUGAAACAUAUGGUGGUGAUGGUGGUUCACCUCAUACGUUUACAUUUGCUGAUGAUGAGAACCUCAUCGGGAUUAGCGGAACUGUGGGAGUAUAUGCCGGCUACACUGUGAUUACGUCAUUGUCUUUCCUAACCAACAAAAAGAAGUAUGGGCCAUAUGGCACAACCCAGGGGACUAGUUUCUCGCUGCCAGUCGCUAAGGGUAGCUUUGGUGGAUUCAGCGGAAACUACGGGGAUUACCUCGACUCUUUCAGUGUCAUUCUGAUGGAAUAAUUCAGAAUUAGUCUU